AUGUUACAAGGCGCACCCGUGCAAGCCUCGCGUUGGAAAAUGGCGGGCAAGGUGGAGCCUUUGAAAGUGGAGCCACUGGAAGUCGCGGAGGAGUCUGAGGAGGCUGAAGGGCAGACCAGGUCUUCGAAGAAGACUGAAGACUUGCUGGCAAUGGUGAAAAAGCUGCAGAAAGAGGGAAGUCUGGAGCCACAGAUUGAAGACCUGAUUCACCGGAUUAAUGAGCUUCAGCAAGCAAAGAAGAAGUCCAGUGAGGAACUGGGGGAAGCCCAAGCUCUCUGGGAGGCCCUGCACAGGGAAUUGGACUCCUUGAAUGGAGAGAAAGUGCACCUGGAGGAGGUCUUGAGCAAAAAGCAAGAGGCACUGAGGAUCCUCCAGCUGCACUGCCAAAGCAAGGAAAGUGAAGCUCAGAGGAAGCACACGUUGCAGGAUUGCACGGAUCAAAUUUCUAUCCAUAGCUCUCAUAUGGCAGAAAGUCAGAAACAGAGGAAGCCGGGGUUGCAUGUGGAAGAACAGCUGGAAGAUCUGAUGGGUCAGCACAAGGACCUCUGGGAGUUCCACAUGCUGGAGCAGCGCCUGACCUGGGAGAUCCGUGCCUUGCGGAGCAGCAAGGAGCAGCUGCUCACUGAAGGUGAGACUCCAGCGUUGGGCCGGGAGCGAGGGGGCGGGGCCUGGCCUGCCGGAGUUCCUGGCCCCGCCCAUGACGCCCGGCCUCCCGCAGAGAGACUGGCGCGGGCCAAGCUGGAACAGGUGGCACGGCUGCUGCGCUCGCCUCCUGGGGUCCAGGGCCCCCCGGCAAUGCACGACGGGCUGCAGGCGGAGCUGGAGAAAGUCGGGGGGCACGUCCCCGCCCAAACCAACGGCACCGCAGAGGGAGGGGCCGGCCACGGAGAGGUGGAGCCCUGGGGUGGAGGCGAGGCGCUGGGGUGUCCCUGGAGGCCCUCUGAGAGGGAUGUGUGGGGAGCUUGGCGCCCGGGGGGCAGUGGGAAGGGGACAGGGGCCGGGCAGCCACCAGGGCGCUCCGGAUCCCCGCCCCGCAGCCUGACUCCUGACUUCCGCAGGCUGGCCCCCAGCGCCCCCGCGCCCGCCACGAGGACGACCUGGAGAGGCCGGGGAGCUGGCCCUGACACCCCCUCUAGGCCAGAAGGAACCCCCCCCCCCACCCCCGCGGGUCCCCACCUUCCUUCAAGGCCUGCCAAGAAAUAAAGGCGAUGAUCGCGGACCGUCCUCCACCUCCGGGGCUGAGUCUGUGCUCCAGGAGUGGUUGGAGGUGGGGGGCCGUCCCUAGCUCCUUGGGGAGAACAGGGGUUUGGGGGGAGAAGGAGUGUACUCGGGAGGUGGGAGGGGUCCCGGGCACCCUCAGUCUCCUGGCCAGCUCCCGCAGAAGCUCAAUAGAUGUUCCUGAGCCGCUCAGUGAAUGAGCAGGGGUUGAGGAGGUCACUAUGUCUCCACGGCCUCAUCUCAGGUUCCGGAACCGUCUGUUUUACCCGCAACAGCCGGGGAGAACAUGUUAAAAACUUACGCGAGGUCCUGACGGUCUCCUCGGGUUCAGAGUCAAAUCCCAGCCUCCCAGAGUCCCUGCAUUCCCCCAGACUCCUGCUGACGCCCUGGACCCCUGGGCCCUGUCCGCCUGCCUGGGCUCCCCUCGCACGUUCGGUUCUGGUCGCACAGCUGCGUUCCCAUCCUUUCCUAAGCACCGUGGCAUCCCAGGGCCUUUGCCCUACUGUGUUCUUAGGUGGGGUGCCCUUCUUCCCGUCUCCUCAGACCGCAAGUCUGUGAAGGAUGGCAGCUGCUCCAGGGGCUGGCUGGUGGAGGGGGUAGGGGGGGUGGGCGGGGGGGUGGGCGGGGUCCAGUUCCAGGUGUCGCCGCUUACCAAGCAUGUAUGGAUGAAACAAGGCCCUGGGUUGUAACUAGCGUGGUCAGGGAAGGUCUCACUGAGGAAGUGAGUGGUACCUGAGCAGGGAGGUGAGGGGGCAGGUGAGGCAGCGAGCACUGUGGGUGUCUGGAGAAGGUGCACCUGGCAGAGGGAGUGGGCGCUCAAAGGCUGUGAGGUGGGACUGAGCUUCCUUGUGUUGGAGGAGCUUCUGGAGGGGGCCAGUGUGGUGGAGCAGAGUGAGGUGAAGAGGGCAGGGAGAUAAUAGCGGAGAAUUGCUGGGGACCCAGUCCACUUGGGCCCUGUCUGUCUAGUCUGUGCAGUAUUCCAGGAACAGGACCUGGCACGCAGCAAACCCUCAGUAAAUGUCCGCUAUCACUUAUCAUGAUGAUGAUUCAUUUUUAUUCCCAAUCCAUCGGUGAGGGAAACUGAGGUGUGUGAGGCACUUAACAGGGGCUUGUAAUCUAAGUGUUUAAUAAAUGGUUCAUUUAAUUUAUUAUUAUUGUUGUUAUUCCCAGACUACAGAUGAGGAAGACCAAGUUGUGUGUAUGUCUUAGAACAGAGAUAUUCAUGCAGUAAAUACUCAGUGAAUGGUACCUAUCAUUCAUUCUUCUCAUUACUAGUCUUUUUAUUUCCAAUCUAGAGAUAAGGAAAGUUGAGGCAGUGAAUAUGUACAGUAAGCCCACAAUAAAUGUUGAGUCUCAGGCCAUUCUUGCUAUUAUCAUUCCAAGUCCACAGAUGAGGCCCAGGGAGCUUUAGUGCCUGUACCCAGCUCGCACCAGGCCCAGCUGACCACCGGCCUGGCUUCUGAUCCCCUGUUCCACUGCACUGCCUGCCUGCUUUAGGCCAGCCCCCAGGGAUCUUUACGGAACUUUAGUGUCUUCUUCAUCAUCCUCUCUGUGUCACACAAUGGGGACAGCCUGGAUAUUCUGCUGACUUACCAUUUUCCUCCUAGGAUUCAAAUCUUGGCUUCCCUGCUCACUGGCUGAGUGACCUCAGCAAAUUGCUUAAUGUCUCCAGAACCCAACUGCCAAAUUUGCAAGAUGGUGAUACCAACCGCGCAAAACUUAUAAGCCUAGCCAACUCCUCACUCCUCACAGAAACCUCCCUGAACCCCUCGAUAAGUUACACUGCCCCUCAUGUGGGUACGGUGUGGUGCGAGGAGGCGUCUGGAGCCCGGGAUUGUCUCUCCCAGACUGACCCCACCCACUCUGUCUCCCUGGGUUCUAGUAAAAGGCCUGAAAACACACUAAAAAUAGCGCCCCUUUCCGUGACCGCCUGUGUAUUUUUGGACGUGUGUGAAAUGCCACUGAAAUUUCUUGGAUCUGAAGGCUGAGGAUGAUUGUUGUUUCCCUGUGCUGAUAGGUUUUAUUCUUAACUAUUUUCCUUCUCCCAUCUAAAAUAAAUAUUGCUUUAUUCCAUAUUCCUGAAGUCCCCUAAAGGCUUACACUUUGGCUGGUUCUUCUUUGCUCCCACACGUCUCCUUGUGUCAUCUGCUUUUUAGGUAAGAGCAGUUGUCAAAUAUAUUCCCCAGAAAGGAAAGGAUCGAAUUGUGUUCUAGUCAGGGAACUUUUUUAGGCUUCUCGUCUUUAUUAUGUUGGGAUUGUGGGUUUGGAAGGGGAGAGAAAAAGGACAGGAGAAUGGUAUUGGGGAAUGUUGAACAGCAAUGUGAGAACUGCACUUUUAAAACACUGGGUCAUCGGUAAGAGCUGUGCCAUCCACUAUGACGGUAAAGGCCACAUGCGGCUACUGAGCACUUGCAGGUGGCUGGUCCAAAUUGAGAUGUGCCCGAAGUGCAAUAUACACACUGGACCUCAAAGUCUUGGAACAAGAAAAGACAUUUAAAUAUAUCAUUAAUGAUUUUUAUGUUGAUUAC